AUGAAGUUACAGUACGCGGGGAUUUUUGCCCUCGUCGUCCCCUGGACACAGGCAUGGAUUCUGGAGGAUUCGUGCGAAGAUAGUGUAUCAGUCCGGCUCAUAAGGGAACUAGAUUACAUCGGCCCUGUAACCGAGUCCAUGGAAAAGGCCUUCAAAUGGAUGCAAGCAGCCCUCGACACGCUCAACAACCUCGCCGUAGGCGGCGACCCGGACGAUCCCAUGUACGCGGCACGCCUCGACCUAUUCGAAUACAUGUUUGCCGCGGGCUUCGACGACACGUAUCCCAUGAAGCGCGUAGUCGACUCACAAUCGUACAUCUUCAAGACUAUCGAAGAUGUGUAUCUGCAGGCCCUGGGGUUCAACAAGGAUGGCGACUAUCUGCCUAGUAGCAUGCCGGAGUGGCCUGCGCGGCUGCCUAACGACGACUUUAUUGCGUACUGCAACUAUGACCGGCUGGUUGUGGGUGAGCGGUGCGAUGGCACGGUGGAUGCUGAGAUGGCGUGUGAUUUGGACACGAAUUCGGAUAUGGUUUAUGAGCGCGAUGAGGAGUUGUGUAUGUAUCCGGAGAAACGGACGGCGGACGAUGGGGAUGGGAUUACAUAUGCUUGGAGUAUUUCCAAUGUCAAAACCAAUCAGAUUGGACAGCUGCAGAUGUGCGAUUGGAUCUUGCACGAGGAGUACUCGUUGAAAUACGACCUGGAAGAUGUUUUCAGCGAGCUGGCCAUCCUGUCUAGAGAUCCAGAUUCGGUCAGGCAGCUCGUCCAAAAUGACGCCAAGGGCUUCAAAGACAUCGAGCUUAUAGGCCUGUUUGCAGAAGGUACAAUUCUACAUGAACUAACUCAUCUUAUCAGAAGACGGCCAACUAUUGAUAUUGAGGAUAACUACUCGUAUGGCUGGGAGAAUUGUCUGAGGUACUCGCCCUACGGUAGCGAUCCAGCAUGGAAUAUCUAUGAUGCCGCACCGGAACUAAAUGCAGACAACUAUGUUUAUUUUGCCAUAGGCUCUGCUCUGAUUUUAGCCGAGGCUCCCCAGCGUGUCAACGCGGAUGGUACAAUAUCAAUCAUAAACAUAUCUGGCAAGCACCGACGUGAGGAGAUGCAAGAUAGCGCUCAGCCAUUGUCAGUGUCUACGCCGGGGGGUGAUCUCCAGUCAUCUUAUAGCCUGCAUGCAUCUCCGUCUCCAUCCCCAUCUCCCUCGGAGAGGAUACAGCCUGCAAGCAGUUUACGCUCCUCAAGCACUACUCCAUUGGCUCUGAAUUCAGAGUCUUCUUCGAGUUCGGACCAUCCUACCCCAACAAGACAUACGACGGGCUUGUCAAGUCUUAAGAAUACAAAGCCGAGUAUUGUUCCAUCUAUAACGCAUGUUUCUCCAUUGCAUUCACCUGCAAGACCAACUCAAUCUUCAGAUAGAGGAACUUCUAUAUCGUCGCCGGAGAAAGCUGCGUCUACGACUAAUUAUACUCCAUCAGCGCACCUAUCGCUUGCACGCCCAACCUAUACUUCUGACAGAAGGGGUUCUAGCUCCUCGGAACAAGUUGUGUCUCCAACCAAGGAUGUUCCAUCACAUUCAUCGCCAGCAAGGCCAACCAAAGGGGGUUUAACAGUUACAACUCCCUCGCCGGAGCAUGCUCCGUCUACAUCCCAUUCUUCGUCGUCACAUUCAUCUCCAGAAAAGCCAACAAAAGGACUUUCUACUCCCUCGCCGGACCAUGCUACCUCUGCUUCCAGUGACAUGUCUACUACCAUUACAUCAUCAUCAUCAUCCGCUACUCCCUCAAUCACGGUGAUUACUGUAUCAAGCUCCGGAGAGGUUUCCAGCGUCACAUAUACUUCUACGUACACCAGCUCCGGAAGUAUCGGUCCCACGCCGGCAUGGAUGUGUGUCGGCCCUCUCUGCGACUCUGGCGGUGGGUGUCUCAUUCCCAUCUUUUGUGCUGCGAGAGGGGGUGCUGGAGCUAUUGGAGGCAUUGGAUCAAGCUGGGGUCUGUGCUGUGGUUGGGAACCCAGCGUUUCCUACGGUAAUAGUCCUGGCGGUCCUCCUGCACCAGGGCUGCAAGAUCAUGGAAGUAGUCUGGGAGACGCGGGUGGUAGUAAUAAAGAUAAUGGUAAUGAUAAUGAGCCGGACGAUUCAAAGACGUCCAAAACACAUACAUCAACGACGACCUCACGGCCAACUUCAACUACGUCCAGCAAGCCUACUUCAACUACCACUAGCAAGUCUUCUUCGACUUCAGCCAGACCCAGCCGGCAGACUUCAACCACUUCGGGUCAUUCUACAUCCAACGAGCAUAGUCAAAGCUCAUGCACGCAAACUUCGACGGCGAGUUCGUGUGGUGUGACGGUCCUAAAGUUUACGCCAGCCGGUGCAAAGUCCGCUACUACAUCGACAUUUACCAUAUAUACUGACUUGACGGCUCCUGACCAGCAAAACUGCGUAACAUCUCAAGGCUGCCAAGUCAGCGAAACAGCAUCAACAUCGACUUCAACAGACAACACCGACGUAUUCACACCUACGCUCAACGCACCAAAUGGCCGCGGUACGGCUGCGUGGCAAAGCGCAUAUUCGGUGUAUUCCAUCCUCGAGGUGAAAUAUGGCCACUUACCGUCUAGCUCGGGCGCAGUAAGAGUAAAUCCUGCUUCUGCUGCUUCUUCUUCGACUGCAAAGCUGCGCGGCACGGUGUCUGCGCACAAACCUGCUUUUGUGCCGCCCACGCACAAACCAGUGGCAUUCACGCCGUCAAAGACAACAACAACAAGUGAGCGGUCGACCAAGACCUCAGCGGCGACGACAACGGCAACAAAGUCGGAGGACAAAAAUAGUCCGCACAUCACCUCCUGCGACAUUGCGACCCGUGGGGCCGCGCCUCGCACGGCGUUUUGUGCCUGCAAUGGCGGCGUGGAAGCGAGUAUUGGCAGCUUCGUUGGCUCCAACAAGUUGACAACAUACACCUGCAAAGCCGGCACAUCGACUAUAACGGCUGCCACCACUGCGCCGCCUACUAAUGUGCCAGGAAAGGGCGGGCUACCGGGCUGUUCAGCCGUCAAAGCCGAGCCGGGGACAUCGGCGUAUUGCGACUGUGAUGGCGUAACGGCGCCUCCUCUCAAGCCUACAAAGUCCAAUGCCAUCAACUGCGACUACACCAUUCAACCUACCAAGGGCUACAACCCGGCGGAACCAAAGACAAAAACAACAACGCAUAAUACGCACCCGCCGGUGCUCCCGUAUGCCUCGGGGAAGUGCAACGUGCACGUCCUGCAGGGCCUGGGACAGCAACUGAGCGACCCGGUGAUGUACCUCGUAGCCAACAUCACGGACGCCCACGGCUCCCUGAUAGCGCACAACAAGAGCAAGCUAGACUGGGCGCAAACGCUCACUGCAGAGGGGGAGCUCUCAGCGGCGCUGUCGGUGACGCCGCUGUCGGGCAACAAGGACUCCAGCUUCUGCGGCGUGUCGUGUGUGCGGUAUAUCUGCUCGCAUAGGCUGUGCCAGCAGGGCGCGAUCGAGUUCAAGUACAAGUCUCAGGCGUGGAAUUCCACGUCGUCGCAGUGCUCGGUGGGCGCUUGGGAUAAUGGCGACUUUGCGGACGUGAUGGGCGAGCUGGUCUUUGGCGAUGACUUUGUGCCGAACCGCCAGAUGGACUGCAAAUUUGACUUGGUGUGGAAUAUGAAGGAAUCGCUUAGUAAUCGGCCGAACGAUGCCUCAACGCUCAGGCUCACGCAAGAACCCCUCCGAGUGGACGCAUCCAGCCGGUUUUCUUUCUCUGUAUAUAAAUCCGCAUCAAUGCUCGCCCGCUUUGCCCUUCGCAAUCCGUCGCGCGCGUUCAGCAACAGGCAGUUUGUUACAGCGGUCGCUCUGGAUUCUUUUUCCUCUCCAUUGCCCACCACUACUGGCCCUCGCCCUCGCCGUCCCGCGCAGGCUUCGUCCACGGUACUCCCGCGUCUCGCCUCGCUGUCGAAACAACUCUCGCCGCAGCACGCAGCAUUCUCCACCGCCACCAUGCCAGACAUUGAGACCAAGACGUACGAUUAUAUUGUGAUUGGAGGCGGCAGCGGAGGCAGUGGCAGCGCCCGGCGAGCUGCCGGCUGGUAUGGCGCAAAGACGCUGAUUGUCGAGAGCGGCCGGUCGGGCGGUACGUGUGUCAAUGUCGGAUGCGUGCCCAAGAAAAUGACCUGGAACUUCGCCUCGGUCAACGAGAACCUCCACGCCGCUCGUCACUACGGCUACGACGUCCCCAGCGACGUCAAGCUAGACUACGGCCAUUUCAAGCGCAUUCGCGACGCCAGCAUCAAACGCCUCAACGGCGCCUACGAGAACAACUGGGGUAAGGAAGGCAUUGAUCUGGUCCACGGACGCGCACGCUUCGUCGAACGCCACACCAUCGAAGUUACUACGUCGGACGGCGCCAAGACUAGAUAUACGGCGAAACACAUCUUGAUUGCCGCGGGCGGACACCCGAUUGUGCCCAAUGUGCCGGGCGCCCAGCAUGGGAUUACGAGUGAUGGGUUUUUUGAGAUUGAGGAGCUGCCUAAGAAAUGGGCGGUUGUGGGCGCUGGCUAUAUUGCUGUGGAAUUGGCGGGCGUGCUCGCAGCAGUCGGCGUGGAAACGCACAUGUUUAUCCGUGGAGAGACGUUUCUGCGCAAGUUUGACGAGAUGAUUCAAGAGACCAUGACCGCGCGUUAUGAGGCGGUUGGUAUCAAGGUGCACAAGCAGCACAAGGGUUUCAAGGAAGUCCAGUUGCUCCAGGAUGGAAAGGGCGCCGACAAGCUUCUGAAGUUGGUCGGCGUGGAGGGCGAUGAAUACGAGUUUAAUGAGGUGCUCUGGGCGGUUGGACGGGCUCCUGAGGUCGAGACUCUGGGGUUGGAUGUUGCGGGAGUCAAACAGGCGCACAGCGGACACGUCGUGGUGGACGAGUUCCAGAACACGAAUGUCGAGGGUAUCUACGCGUUGGGCGAUGUGACGGGACAGGCCGAGCUGACGCCAGUGGCUAUUGCUGCCGGCCGCCAACUGGGCAGCCGUCUCUUCGGGCCGCCCGAACUCAAGUCGGCCAAACUGUCGUACGAAAACAUUCCCACGGUGGUCUUCUCGCACCCGGAAGUCGGCACGAUCGGGCUCACAGAGUCGCAGGCACGCGAGCGCUUCGGCGACGACAAGAUCAAGGUGUACAAGACGCGCUUCACGGCCAUGUUCUACGACCCGUUCCCGCAGGACGAGAAGAAGCAGAACCCGACGCAGAUGAAGAUUAUCUGCGCGGGGCCGGAGGAGAAGGUGGUCGGGCUGCACAUCCUGGGGCUGGGCGUGGGCGAGAUGCUGCAGGGCUUCGGGGUGGCCAUCAAGAUGGGCGCGACCAAGCAGGACUUUGACAGCUGCGUGGCCAUCCACCCGACGAGCGCGGAAGAGCUGGUCACCAUGCGCUGA